UAAAAUUAGGAAAACGUUUGAAGGUGUUUAUGUAUAUAUUUAUGCAUGUACAUAAAUGGUGUAGAUAGAGAGAGACGGGAGUAGAAGACGAGGAGGAUGAUGGUCGGUAAGUACGAGCUUAAGCGCACCAUCGGCGAGGGGAUGUUCGCGAAGGUGAAGCUCGGGGUGGAGGUGGAGAGCAACGCCACCGUCGCCGUUAAAGUCAUCGACAAGAAGACGGUCAUCAAGAACAACUUAAUGUAUCAGGUGAAGAGGGAGAUCAGCACGAUGAAACUCCUUGAUCAUCCAAACAUCGUCAAGAUUCGUGAAGUACUUGCAACAAAGACGAAGAUAUACCUUGUAAUGGAGUAUGUAGCAGGAGGGCCACUCUCUGAUAAGCUGGAUUAUCUGAAGAAAAUAGAUGAGAAGGAAGCCAGAAAAUACUUCCAUCAGUUAAUUGACGCUGUGGAUUACUGCCACAGCAGAGGAGUCUAUCACAGGGACCUCAAGCCGGAGAAUUUACUAUUAGACAGUAAGGGAAACAUCAAAGUAUCAGACUUCGGACUGAGUGCGCUGAAAAAGCCAGGGGACUUGCUGUCCACUGCUUGUGGGUCCCCGAGCUACGUGGCUCCGGAGGUGAUCACCCACAAAAGCUACGAUGGAGCUGCUGCUGAUAUAUGGUCCUGUGGCGUCGUUCUGUUUCAACUGCUUGCUGGUUUUCUGCCCUUCCAAGACAGAACCCUCACCAACUUAUACCGAAAGAUUGCUAUAGCAGAUUAUACAUUUCCAGUUCGGUUCACUAGUGCACAAAAGAAACUUAUUUCCAAAAUUUUGGAGCCAUUACCAACAAAGAGGGCAAGGAUUUCAAAUAUCUUGGAGGAAGAGUGGUUUAAAGUGGAUUACAGGCAAAAUGUAGGACUUGAUUGUGAUGAGAAUUAUUUGAGCCAAACUUCCAGUGGCGAAACGCAAACCCACGGCGAAAAUAAUUCUUGGAGAUUUAUUAAUGCUUUUCGGCUCAUUGCCAUGUCAAAGGAUCUUGAUUUGUCUGGGCUUUUUCAGGAAGAAAAAAUAAAGUUUGGCUCGGAGCACCCUGUUGAUGAAACAUUUGCCAAGAUCGAGGUUGCUGCCAAAGAUGUGGACCUCUCUGUCAAAAGAAUAAAUAAUUCCAGGGUGAGACUCCAUGUUAGCAAAGGAUUAUCAAGAAGUAGAUCACACUAUAGCUUAUCAGCAGAGGUGGUGGAGGUGACACCAAAAUAUUGUGUUAUUGAAGUUUCAAAAUCUGCAGGGGAUUUAGGAUCCUACAAAGAGUUUUGCAAGAGCCUAUCAAGUUUGCUGAAGGACAACUCUCGGAGUUCAUGAGGAGAAGCAGAGUCAUCAAAGGAUGGUGAGAAUGAGAACUUUGAGUUCAUCAUUAAUUCAGAUUGAAACAAACUUUUAUCAUAAUUCAAAGAAGAAAGUUAAAGAAGAGAAAAAAAAAGUUAUUUUGCCGUUCGGUAUUAGAAAUGAUAAUUUUGAGGGACUAUUUGGUAAUGUUGUACCGGUGAAUCAUGUCUAUGACAUUUAGGCUACAUUUAGUUGGGCGUAAUAUAAUUGAGUUUGUAAUGUAAUUAAUAUAAUCUUGA